UUUCAGAAUAAAGAAUAAAGAUGACUGCUAGCCAGGAGAAAACCAGCUCUAGCCCGAAGAAGAAGCAGGAUGAUAAAACCAGGGAGGAGAAGAUCAAUGAGAUUAUUGCGGAUGGAGGAACCAUCGUUAAGAUGGAGGUUGAUUACUCCGCUACUUGUGAUGAGAAGCUUCCUAUUGCUGAGUCUCUAGCUGACUCAGGAAAGCUUAAUGAAGCUCUUGAUAUGCUUCUUGCUCUAGAGAAACAAACCAGAACUGGUUCUGAUACUCACAGCUCAGGACGAAUUCUGGUUCUUAUCGUUAAGCUCUGUGCUAAGGCUGGAGAAUGGAAUAUGCUGAAUGAGAAGAUCCUGGAGCUGACUAAGAAAAGGUCCCAGCUCAAGAUGGCUGUGGCUAAGAUGGUUGGAGAGUGCUGCACUUUCCUUGACUCUACUCCUGAUAAACCUACUCUACUUAAACUCAUUGAUACUCUCAGAACCGUUACAACAGGUAAGAUCUAUGUUGAGAAUGAGCGUGCUAGGUUGACCCACAGGUUAGCUAAGAUCAAGGAGGAGGAAGGGGAGAACCAAGAAGCUACUAAACUGAUGCAGGAUCUUCAAGUAGAAACAUACGGUUCCAUGGAGAGGAGGGAGAAGGUUGAAUUGAUCCUGGAGCAGAUGCGUCUGUGCCUGUUGACCCACGACUACAUCAGAUGCCAGAUCAUCUCCAAGAAGAUCUCCAUCAGGUUCUUCGAGGACGGGAAGCAGGACGAGCUGAAGCUGAAGUUCUACCAGUAUAUGAUAGAACAGAGUUUACAUGAUCAGGAUUAUCUUGGAAUAUGUAAACAUUACAGAGCUGUUUACAAUACUGGAUCCAUACAGGCGGAUGAGGAGAAGAAGCUGACCGCUAUGAAGAAUGUUGUCCUCUACGUUGUACUUGCCAAGUAUGAUAAUGAGCAGAGUGAUCUUAUUCACAGGAUUGAAAAGGAGAAAAUUCUUCAAGAUUUGCCCAGGUAUAAGCAGGUUGUUGAGAGGUUUACAACCAUGGAGCUGAUAAACCAGGCGGGGUUCUGCCAGCAGUUUGAGAAGGAGCUCAGGGACGGGGUGGAGGGAAACCAACCUACCGGAGUAUUCCCCAGGAAUGAGGAGGGAGAUGCUAGAUGGAAGGAUCUGUUCUCUAGAAUUGUGGAACAUAACAUUAGGAUCAUGGCUAAAUAUUACACCAGAAUAAGUUUAAGCAGGAUGGCUGAACUUCUGGCACUGCCUGAAAGCAAGGCCGAGGAUUGUUUAUCUGACAUGGUAGUGUCUGGUGCUGUAUCUGCUAAGACGGAUAGGCUGGAGGGAAUUAUUGACUUCAGCCAACAAACGGACCCCCUGGAGAACCUGAAUGAAUGGAGUUCUAACACAAACAAACUGAUGGAACUCGUCAUGAAGACAACACAUCUCAUCAACAAGGAGGAAAUGGUGAAUAAGCAUCUACUGUCAGGAGGAGGAGCUGUUCAGGCUGAGUAAAAUAAUUCAAACAAUUGUGGAAUAUUCAAUACUAAUGUAAUUUUAUGAACAAAUUUCCUAGUGGACAAUAAAUAAAAAACCCAUCUGAAA